CCCUUACUGUGUGUGUAUAUAUUAUAUAUACUCCGGCGUAUUGUGUAUUUUAUUAAGAUUAGAAUCUUAUACUAAUAUUAGAAAGUUAGAAAUUAGACAGAGUGGAAUAUUUGGAUUUUAGUACAAAAAAUUUUACGUGAAAAGAAUCGUCGCUAGUAUAUAAGCGAGCGCAGUGUAAUUUGUUGGGUUUAUUUUUGCGGAUUCUCUUCAAUGCAAGAUACUUGUAUACCUACAAGUAUGGCACUAACCAACUCGAAUUUCGGCAACUUUUGCCUUUUUAUGACGGCAUGGUUACUGAUGUCAGUUACGCUUUACAAUUUUGUAUUACUCAAUCCCUUGGCACCUGCGAUGCGCACAAUGUAUGAGACUACACAUAUGAACCGCUACAAUGAGACAAUGCCGGAAGAAAAAUGGACAGUCUUAUACGCAGUGUCCGUCUCUUGUGUAUAUUUCGGUGCUAUCGUCGGCGGGGUGGGUACGAAUUUUAUGCUCUCCUACGUCAGCAGAAAGGGGCUCAUGCAGCUCUCUCAUGUGAUAAACAUCAUAGGCGUGAUCGUGAUAGCGUUGGUGGCGGGAACGACCUGGUCAUAUGAAGCGUUGAUAAUUGGUCGUAUUAUAGCUGGUAUACCACUUGGAGUGGCUUACAAUUUACCAAUUCUAAUGAUGGCAGAAUUGAGCGCAAAAUGCAAGCAAAAUUUCUGGCAAAGUGUGGUUGGCUUAAGUGUCGCGUUUGGGAUUCUUAUCGGUUCGAUUUUCAGUCACCCAAAAAUUUUGGGUUCUUUGAGUCUUUGGACAGUGUUGGUCAGUUUAGCUGUUAUUCCUUCACUUAUAUAUCUGAUAUCCAGUCACUGGAUCCCAAACACGCCAUUCUAUGUAUUGAGAACUUACGGGAAAGACGAGGCUUUGGAAGUGCUUAAAAAACUUCGACAAGGAACAUUGGAUGAAAUUAAAGAAGAGUUGUCAAGUAUGUCUGACGAAAUCGGUGGAAAACGUAAAGUGCUUAUAAAAGAAAUGCUCACAACCAAGAAUUUCAGAAAUAUGUUCGCUGGAGUCGUAGCUCUCUUUCUAAAUUUGGUUCUCGUUGGUAUUGAUAACAUACUUCUGUAUUCUGAUAAAGUUUUUAUUGAAGCUGGUAUUAGCCCUGAUAAAGCGACCUUUGCCACAAUUGGUGUUUUCGCCAUGCAACUGCUUGCAUCUCUAGUAGGGUCAAAACUCGUGGACCGUUUUGGAGGAUUCAAAGUCCACGUGGCGAGCAACAUUCUGAUUAUUUUCGCUCACGUGACAUACACCGUCAGUCAAGUAGCCACACCAGCGGCACCAAACGCCAUGCCAUACGUUGCAAUAUUCGCCGUUGGUGUUUUUCUUAUAGCGUGGUCUGGCGGAACUAAUCUUACAACUUUUGCUUUACUUGGGGAAAUCACAAGUGAGCCGACACGUUCUACUGCGUAUGGGUAUUCUGCAGUAAUAUUUUGGGUUGUUGCAUGGACGGUGGGGUUCGUACCGCCCUACUUACAGAUUCACCUUGGACCUUAUGCGCUUACAAUUUGGCUCGGCUGCGCUAUCUUGUUCCUUAUUUACUUCAUCAUAUUUAUUCCAAGAUUGAAGCGGCUACGUCAUAAAGAUGACGAUUUAUUCAUGGAGUCUAAAAAUGACAUGGAAAUUAAAAAGCUUAAUUGUUGAAAAUAUCUUAAGUAACCAAGGUGAACUUACCAAAAUGCUGGUCUUAGGUGUCUGUCGCUGUAUUUGCUGUGUAGUAUUGAUUCAGUCUGCAGACUAUGACAGGUGCACGCUCGUUUUUUGUUUGCAAACUUUUGGUUGUGCACGCAAUAAUUUGUCACACGCGCGCUAAUUAGUUUAACAAUGAAACAAGUUUGUACCAAAAUUAGUAGGAUUUCCUAAUGUAACUUAGAAAUGUAUGUGCGCGCGAAAAAUGUACAUCGUUUGCAAAAAAAAUAACCGUUUCUACGCGUUAAAAAUGCUGGCCAAGUUGCGUAUGCUCGCGCGAGAUCUCGUUUAUGGAACUGCCAUAUUUUGCAGACUGAAUUUAAUGAAUACAUUAUAUGAUUUAGUCCGAAUGUAUGUGACUUAAAAUGUACUAGGAUUAUAUGAUC